UUAUUGUGAAGGAUUCCGUCCGGUAGUUGUUGCUGCAAGCAGGGCAGAAACCAAGCUAAUGUAGAUGUAAAAACUAACGCUGGUUUGUUUGUUUGUUUGUUGGUUAAUAAAUAAGGAGCCUGGAGCAGCAGAACAUCCAUUAAAGUGUCCGACAUGAGCGUUACUUUGGAUAUUAGACUGAAAAGAGCCAACAAAGUUUAUCAUGAAGGGGAAGCAGUGACUGGAGUCAUCGUUCUGGUGUGUAAGGAGGCGCUGCAGCACCACGGCAUCUCUCUGAGCAUGGAGGGCCUGGUCAACCUGCAGCUGAGCUCCAAGAGCGUCGGCGUCUUCGAGGCUUUCUACAACUCCGUCAAGCCCAUCCAGCUGAUCAGCAGCAACAUCGAAGUGGCCAAAGCAGGAAAAAUCCCAGGAGGAAAGACCGAGAUCCCCUUUGAGUUUCCUCUGCUCACAAAAGGAAACAAAAUCCUGUACGAGACCUACCACGGAGUGUUCGUCAACAUUCAGUACACCCUCCGCUGUGACAUGAAACGCUCUCUGCUGGCUAAAGACCUGACCAGGAACUGUGAGUUCAUCGUUCACUGUCAGCCACAGAAAGCUAAAGUUGUUCCCACUCCGGUCAACUUCACCAUCACUCCAGACACCCUGCAGAACAACCGCGAAAGGAACGUGCUGCCAAAGUUUCUGAUCCGAGGCCAUCUGGACGCCACCAACUGUGUGAUCAGCCAGCCGCUGACCGGAGAGGUGGUGGUGGAGAACUCAGACGUCGCCAUCAAGAGCAUCGAACUGCAGCUGGUACGAGUGGAGACGUGUGGUUGUGCUGAAGGUUACGCCAGAGAUGCCACCGAGAUCCAGAACAUCCAGAUAGCUGAAGGCGACGUCUGCCACGGCCUGCCUAUCCCCAUCUACAUGGUGUUUCCCCGACUGUUCACCUGCCCCACGCUGGAGACCACCAACUUUAAAGUCGAGUUUGAAGUCAACGUCGUCAUCGUUCUUCAUGAUGAUCAUCUGAUCACAGAGAACUUCCCUCUGAAGCUCUGCAGAGUCUGAACCUGCUGAGAUAAGUUCACUAGAGACCUUCUGACUUUGACGUGUUCCUGCUUCAGGACUGAGAGUUUUCAACAGCAGAAGACUCGAUUGUGCUUCUGUUGAAAGUCGGACAAAGAAAUGACACUCGAGUGACUCCACUAAGUACAUUCUAAAGGAAAACAAGCAGAUUUUUCUUCAUAAAUGUAGAUAAAUGUGACCAAAAGUGUGUUUUGUAAGUUAUAUUUCAAUUUGAUGAUUAAAAAAAAAUCCCUUUUUUGAAAGUGCA